AUGGCCAAAAUACCAAACCAAAGCAAUCUACAAGUUACCUUCUCAAAACGACGUUCAGGAAUUUUCAAGAAAGCCAGUGAGCUUUGCACACUUUGUGGGGUUGAGAUUGCCAUUAUUGCCUUCUCCCCGGCCAAUAAGCCCUUCUCUUUUGGACACCCUAGCGUUGACUCUGUCGUUGACCGCUUUCUUAUUGGUCAAAAAAACUCUUCCAUGAAAUGCUCUAUUAGUGGUAAUAAUCAAAUGAUUGUGCAUGAGCUUAACGUGGAGCUUACUCAGCUUCUCAGUGAAUUGGAAGCUGAGAAAAGGAAAGGACAAGAACUCGAAGGUGUGAAGAGCCAGUGUUGGUGGGAAUCCCCUGUGGACGAGCUUAGUUUGAGUGGGCUAGAGUCGUUGAAGGCUGCAAUGGAGGAGCUCAAGAACAAGGUUAAUAUGACAAGGCAAGAGCACAUGAUUGCAAGUGUUCAGCAGAUCUCGGCCGCUCGUUUUCACGAAUUUUUAAUGAUGAAUGGUGGUUAUGAUCAUGAUGUUUUCAACAAUAAACCAGUGGAUGACUUUACUAAUCUGCGAGAGGCCCACAAUUUUGGCUUUGGAAACGAAAUCUUCUGA